AGUCCUCACUUCCCUUACGCCUCCUUCCCUUCCGUUCUGUGCAUCCAAGCCAUCCCAAAAAUGGCGAACCACCACAACUCCACAAUCGACCCGAACAGUGGCUUCUGCUCACAAACCAAAAUCUACCACAGUCUCAGACCAACCAUUUCUCUUCCUCCACUCACCACACCACUCUCCAUCACCGACUACCUCUUCCCUGACCUCAACUCCUCUCCGCCUCCAACCACCGCCGCCACCGCAGCUCUCAUCGACGCCACCACUCACCGCCUCAUUUCCUUCCCAGACUUCGCUCGCCGAAUCCAAACCCUAACUUCCUCCCUCCAAAACCGCCUCCACCUCUCCAAGGGCGACACGGCCUUCAUUCUCUCCCCUAACUCUCUCCACGUUCCAAUCCUCCACUUCUCUCUCCUCUCCUUAGGCGUCGUCGUUUCGCCUUCCAACCCGGCCAGCACCAAACCCGAGAUUUCCCGCCAAAUCCACCUCAGCAAACCCGUCAUCGCGUUCGCCACUUCAGAAACCGCCGCCAAAAUCCCCUCCCUCCGGUGCGGAACCGUCUUGCUCGACUCGCCGGAGUUCGAGUCCUUGAUGACGCGUCCGACGACCGGAGAUAAUAAUAAUAAUAAACAACGAGUUACCGUGAACCAGUCCGACACGGCGACAAUUCUGUACUCCUCCGGCACGACCGGGCGAAUCAAGGGCGUCGAGUUGACUCACCGGAACUGGAUAUCAGUAGUGGCCGGAGUUUUCGCGGCGCGUGAGCUUCGAUCUUCGCCGGCGGUGGUUCUGUGUACGGUUCCGUUCUUCCACGUGUACGGAAUGGGCUUGUUCAUGAGGGAAUUGGCGAUGGGUCACAGUGUGGCGGUGUGUACGGGGCCCAAGUUUGAUCUAACGGCUGUGAUGAGAGCGAUCGAGGAGUUUAGAGUUACGCACGUGGCAUUGGCCCCACCUGUUGCUGUGGCUAUGAUUAAGGGGAAUUUGAUGGACGGCUAUGAUUUGAGAUUUCUUGAAGUCGUGGCUUGUGGCGGCGCUCCUCUACAGCGCAGCGUCCUUGUUAAGUUCAAGGAACGGUUUCCCAAUUUGCAAGUGGCGCAGGCCUACGGUUUGACCGAGGUAACGGGCCGAGUGUUCGGAACAGUGGGCCUGAAAGAAUGCGGAGUAGUGGGUGCAACAGGGAAGCUUUUGUCAAAUUCGGAAGCCAAGAUUGUGGACCCUGAUACUGGCAUUGGUUUGCCUCCUAUGAUGCCUGGGGAGCUUUGGCUUAGAGGACCAUCCGUUAUGAAGGGUUACGUUGGAGAUGCAGCGGCAACUACUGAAAUUCUUGGUUCAGAUGGAUGGUUAAGAACUGGAGAUUUAUGUUAUUUUGACAAUGAAGGUUUCCUGUUUUUCGUGGAACGCAUAAAGGAAUUAAUCAAAUACAAAGGCUACCAGGUUGCCCCAGCAGAACUGGAGUAUCUGCUUCAUUCUCAUCCAGAAGUUGCUGAUGUAGCUGUUGCUCCGUAUCCUGAUGAGGAAGUAGGUCAAUUACCGAUGGCUUUUAUUGUAAGACAUAAUGGUAGCACCAUUGAUGAACCACAAAUCAUGGAUUUUGUUGCCAAACAGGUUGCUCCCUACAAGAGAAUACGGCGAGCGAUGUUCGUUGAUAUGAUACCAAAAAAUGCCCCGGGUAAGGUGUUGAGGAAGGAACUAAUCAAACUUGCAUUAUCAAAAGCUACCUCGAAAUUAUAAAUUUCAAAGGUGUUAUUUUUUAUGAUUUUUAUAGAUAUUCAUAUAAUUUGUAUACUCUACCAAAAUUGGUCUUUGUUUCCUGUAAAGAUAAGAAUAUUGUUUUACUUAUUGCCAGUUGAGACAAUUACAUAGUUUUACAUUA